GCAUAACACUUGAGUUUGACAUUUGACAGUUGACACCCGUCGAAUUCAUUCAUUGUUCAUUCUCAAAUCGGAUCCGGAGCUGUUAUUGUAUAGUUGUGUAUAACCGUUUAUAAAUAAACUAAAAUAUGUUACGAAACUUAGGCAAAGUUAUAACACAAAAAGCUAAAUAUUCGGCUUCUGCUGCACCGGCACCGCAAACUAAUCCAGAAAUAUUAUAUACCGGCCUCUUCAUCAAUAAUGAAUGGGUAAAGGCAUCAGAUGGCAAAACUUUUAAGACUGAAAAUCCUGCAAAUGGCAAAGUGAUCACAGAAGUGCAGCAGGCUGGCAAAGCUGAUGUGGACAAAGCUGUUAAAGCAGCUAAAGAUGCAUUCAAACUUGGUUCACCAUGGAGGUCGAUGGACGCGUCGCAACGCGGGUUCCUUAUCAACAAGCUCGCCGACCUUAUCGAGCGGGACAGAGUAUAUCUGGCGAGUCUGGAAACGCUGGACAACGGCAAGCCUUACACGGCAGCGUAUUACGGCGACUUGGCUGCAGUUGUGAAGAACCUUCGCUACUAUGCCGGCUGGGCGGACAAGAACCACGGCAUGACUCUACCCACCGACGGGAAAUACUUCGCUUACACACGGCAUGAGCCUGUCGGUGUGUGCGGCCAGAUCAUCCCAUGGAACUUCCCACUGCUGAUGGCGGCGUGGAAGCUGGGCCCCGCACUCGCUUCAGGGUGCACGCUCAUCAUGAAACCAGCCGAACAAACACCCCUCACUGCGCUUUACAUCGCGCAACUUGUCAAGGAGGCGGGCUUCCCCCCCGGCGUGGUGAACAUGUUGCCGGGCUUCGGUGACGCGGGCGCGGCGCUCGUCGACCAUCCUGACGUCGACAAGAUCGCGUUCACAGGUUCGACGGAGGUGGGUAAGAAGAUCCAGCGCGGCGCCGCCUCGUCCCUGAAGCGUAUCACGCUGGAGCUGGGCGGCAAGUCACCCAACAUCAUCCUCGGCGACGUGGACCUCGAGAAGGCCGUGGAGGCCGCGCAUACUGCCUUGUUCUACAACAUGGGACAGUGCUGCACUGCUGGUUCCCGAACGUUCGUGGAAGACAAAAUCUAUGACAAGUUCGUGGAGUUGUCCGCGGAACGCGCCAAAAGGAGAGUUGUAGGGGAUCCCUUCAAACCCGAGGUGGAACAGGGACCACAGAUCGACAGCGAGCAGCACGGCAAGAUCCUCAGCCUGAUCGAGAGUGGGAAGCAGCAGGGAGCCAAGCUGGUGGCGGGAGGAGGCCGCGCCGGGGACGUCGGCUACUUCGUGCAGCCCACCGUGUUCAGCGAUGUCAAGGACGACAUGGACAUCGCCAGGACUGAGAUCUUCGGACCAGUGCAGCAGAUCAUCAAGUUCUCGCAGCUGGACGAGGUGGUGGAGCGCGCCAACAACACGGAGUACGGACUCGCCGCCGCCGUCUUCACCAAGGACCUCGACAAGGCCAACUACCUUGUGCAGAAGAUCCGCGCCGGCACAGUUUGGGUGAACGACUACAAUAUCUUCGGCAACCAAGUGCCUUUCGGAGGAUUCAAGCAGUCCGGUAUCGGCAGGGAGAACGGGCCUUACGGCAUCAACAACUAUACAGAGGUCAAGGCUGUUGUGGUCAAACUUACAGACAAGAACUCAUAGGUCAGCCUUAAGGGAUAGCAGUGGCGAAGGGUGACAUCAUGUGAAAUUGGACCCAACAUAUCGCAUCACUACAUAGUAUAAAACAAAGUCGCUUUCUCUGUCCCUAUGUGUGCUUAAAUCUUUAAAACUACGCAACGGAUUUUGAUGCAGUUUUUUUAAUAGAUAGAGUGAUUCAAGAGGUAGGUUUAUGUGUAUAAUAACAUCCAUUAAAUAGUGGAGAAAUAGUUAUUUUGUUAUGUUAUACCCGUGCGAAGCCAGAGCGGGCCGCUAUGUUUUUAUAUACAACGUUCACAGUUUUUCUGUAGUGUAUUUAGUAUCAGCAUUGCACCCGUGCGAAGCCGGGGCGGGUCGCUAGUUCUUAAUAAAAUAAUGACCCAUUCCAAAAUUGAUACUUUGUGGGAAUCGUCAAACAAACAAUUUCUGUUUGCGACCGUUUAGUUUUUUCCCUUUUUUUUUUUCAUUUUUUACCUAUCUUUAAUAAGCUUAAUUUUAUAGCAACUUCAAAAAAAGGUAGCAAACAAAAAUUAGUUUUCCGAUGACUGCCACAAAUUAACAAUUUUGAAACAGGUCAUUAUUUUAUUAAAAGUGCGAUAUAUAUGUGAAUGAAUGCGGUCUGUAAAUAUUUCUAAUGAUAAUUCGAUUUUACAUAACCAAAAGGGAUUCGAUAUAUGCACCCUUUGCCCUAGGUUAGUUGUAUGCCAUAUUGCAAGAAGUAAACUUUGCUAUACACAUAUUCAACUGAGGUAUAAGAAAAUUAGGUAAAGUCCGAGUGCCCUAAUCACUCUAUAGCGGCGAAUCCGUCUUUUUCCAAUUGCGGGCGAUCUAUUCGAAGGAUAAGUUCAAUAGCAGUAUAGGUAAGAGAUUCAAUAUCUGCUAUUUACCUAUGCGGCUAUUAUAGCUGUCUGAUUAUAUCGCGCGUGAUAGCAAAAAGACGGAUAUACCCUCGUAGACGGAAUAGGACCCUGUCCUUACUGUUUACGUUUGUUUUUUUUUUGUUAUCGUAUAUGUAUAUUUUAGGAUGCGUUUCCAUAGGAGUAGCAAGAUGAGAUGUAAAGAGUAAGCGUUGUUAUCAGUUGAAACAUUUUAACAGUUGAUCUAGUGGAAGCGCAUUCUAGCUGUGUAUCGUCAAUGUCUAAACUACGUGAUGUAUGAAAAUAAUGAUUUUUCUAAAUUCAUCUAAGACGAGAAGUCUCCAAGAUCCAACUUUUCGUCAAUUAUGUUAUGUUGGUAAAUUUGGUAAUAUAACCCAAUGAAAUUGGACCAAAAAUUAAUAUAAUAUGAAUAAUUGUUACAUGUAUAAGCCGUAAUGGGUAAAGUCACCAUGGGAAGUAAUAAAAGAAUGUAGAUAUUGAUUGCAAAUUGAUAUAUUUUAAAUAUUUAAAUACAAAUACCAUACUGGGUUGGCCUUGAGAACUAUUUCUGGAAUUACUAGUCGCACGCAACGUAAUGCAUUUAUAAAAGAUGUUAAAUUUUAAUAUUAAAAAUCUACAGUUAAAGAAAUCAAUAAUCAUACGCAAAAACAUCUUUCUUUCCUUAUAGUUUUUUUUUGCAUCAAAAAUCUGUAACGCAUUUUAAUUUAGGUACUGAUUUUAUAUGUGUACUUCUAGUUUUAUUAAGUAUAAGGUAUCCUAAAAUAAUUUCUAAUCAGUGAUAUUCGUAAAUCUUUGUGACAUUUUUUUUUUAUACAAACAUGUUCAUUACGUGUUCAUUGCUACCAAAGACUAAACUUGAAGGAAAAUGAAAUAAUUACUAAAUGUCGCAUUCUAAAAUGCACAAACAUGUUGUAAGAAGUAAAAAAUUAAUAUUUUCUCUUGAUAUCGUUGUCCUUUGUAUACUGUUCACUGUUACCUAGUUUUAAAUGUAAAAUAAAAAACUGUAUGUAUUUUAAA